AUGCGUGCUGCUGGCCUUGCACAACCACCACCACUACCACCACCACCACCUUUUUGCCUGACGCAUCCUGCUUCAGGUCUUCCCAAACGGUCCACACCAAAGGCUUUCAAACGACAUCGCCGCGUGGCAUCGUCUAAGCGGCGCUCUGGCGACAAUAUAAGAGGGACGGAGCAAGUCCAUGACUCGGUCCGCUUCCCAGAGCAUACGACGAGCUCCGACCACUGUGGAUUCGGUGGCCUUGCGGACGCUUUCUGUGCGGCCUCUUCGCCUCAGACGAUCGGCAAGCAUGUCGCCUUCGGUGUCCUUGAACGGGGGGCGUGA